GGCAGUGCCACCGGAGGCCCGGCGGUUUCAGAGCUUCGCCCGGGACGACGAACCGCGGACGAGCCGAGUGCGGGAAACCCGGUCGCGUUUCGCAGCGCUACCGACCGUUCCGCACCAGUACCGAGUGUUCCGUACAACAGAGGGGUACAACCGCGGGGUAAAAAAAGGGGGGGGCGCCGAUCGACGGACGUAGGCAGACGUAGCGGAUCCGCUUCAUGACCUUGGUGUGCGCGUGACACAUUUCGCGAUAUAAACGUGAUAUAAAAAAGAUCGGCACCCUUUCCGGGUCGGGUGCACGGGGUACGGCGAAUCCCGCGCGCGAGGCCACCCGGACGCUGAUAACUCGGCCCUCGGUUCGCCGCUUCCGUUCGGUGAGGUAUCCGCGCGAGUAUCCAACGACGAGAUAAUGUGAUACCAUAAGUGUCAGAAGGAGGGAAAGAAAGGAAGAGAGAAAGAGAGCGAGGAACAUAGAUAUCGGUGGGUGCACAACGCGAACGCAACGAGGAGGAGGUUGCAACGAGAGGGUUGCAACGACGAGUAAACGCGGGAGUAUGCGUGAAUCCUGGUAGCACCGGCGGCCGCUGGAGGAUGAUGAACGGGACGAUGACGGAGGAUAAUUAAAAGGGGGAACGCCGCGGGGAAGGUGCGUCAAGGGUGUUCCAUGAGAUGUCAGUGGACCUGUUGUCGGGGACAGUUACGUCGUCGUCGUCGUCGUCGUUCUUGUCGUCGUGAUCAUCAUGAGGAGGUCCCCCUACGUCAACUACUACGUCCUGUGCCUCGUAUGCUGGAUCCUACUAGGCAUUACUGGGGUGAGUACGAGAUCUCAUUCGUUGGUGAAGAGGUUCGACGGGAUUUACACGGGGCCUUACUUCGACUCGAACACCCCGACGAAUAUCACGGCGCAGCUGGGCACUCACGCUUACUUACCGUGCAAAGUGCGGCAACUUGGUAACAAAUCAGUCGCCUGGAUCAGAAGAAGGGACUCGCAUAUCCUCUCGGUGGACAGAACCAUGUUCAUUCCGGACGAAAGGUUCCAAGCGAUCUCCGGGGAGGCGGACAUGUGGACGCUUCAGGUGAAAUAUGUUCAAGCGCGCGACGAAGGCGAGUACGAGUGCCAAAUCUCGACCGAUCCGAAGAAAAGUCACAUCAUCAAGCUCAACAUCGUCGUGCCAAAGAUCGAGAUCUUGGGGGACCGCGACAUGUACGUGAAGACCGGAAGCACAGUCGCGAUACGAUGCGUGAUAAAGCAGUCCCUCGAGGGUCCGUUCUACGUCUUCUGGUACCACGAGGGCGAUCGCGUUCUGAACUACCAGCUGGCCAAGAUCGACAUUCAGACGAAGCGGAUCGAUCAAGACACGGUGAGCAGCCUAGUGAUCCACAAUGCGAGACGAGAGGACUCGGGUAACUAUACUUGCAGCCCGAGCAACCUGGACAGCGCGAGCGUGCAGCUGCAUGUGCUAAACGGAGAACAUCCCGCCGCGAUACAGAGGGGCAUCAGUUCAGCGCCGGGCGGCUGUCCCACUCUAUGGUGGUUGGCUGGCGUAGUGACACUGUACUCGAGUCACGGCAGCCGCCUGUUCGUCCUCCUUCUUCUGAUCCUUAUGGUUCUCUACUCGAAAAAUCCAUCUUACUUUGCGACAGAACGAUAAUCAGGCAAGACCGGAGGAUGGUAUACGCGUAUAAUCGAUUAUCUCCUGCUACGAGACCCCGACUACCUCGAGAGAAGAGAUCCUCGACGUUGCGGACCGAUUUCCAGAGAUCAGUGACAAAAAGGACGAGGGUGGAAAGGAUUAGGAACACAGAGAGGGUAAUACGAUCGAGAAAAAAGGAAAGAAAGAGGAAGAGAGAUCGAAGAAGAGAAUAAUGAUCCCGGAGGUAGUUUUUUCUCCGUGCGCGCGCAAAGUAAGAGUUGGAGGUUGAUCUCGACUAUCGAGACAGACAGUGAUCCGGCCGUUAGAAAUUAGGAAUUAGUUAAUUAUAUGAAUUCUUGUUAAAUUGCUGCGGCAGACCCUGGAGCGCUAGACAAGCCACGAAAUUUUUGACGUUGUCGAAAAUAUAAAUUAGGCCGGGCUCGAAACAGCGGGUGGUACGCGUGAUGAACGCGUGUACAAGUGAAAGCUCUCAACGAAAGCAAAAACGUCAGGCAAAUCAAUAAUUUCAUGUAAAACUAUCCAUUGUGUGAAUUUAACAUUUUCUUAGAAAUUUUAUCUAAACGAAAUCUCGUAAAGAAUCUCGUUCCUAUUGACGAAUUAAAUGGCGCGGCACAUUAAUAAUUUCGCGUUUGCUCGAGCGUGGUCCUCCGAAGGUACGCGUACUUCCCGUCUGUUAGCCCGGCGAGGUAGAAAUCUACGAAAUCUCAAAAGAGAAGCGCCCUGAAAGCGAUCGCGACCGCGAGAUCUUGUCGCGAGGGCGUUGGGUGCUUUCGUAGCGUCCGAUAGAGGAACAAGAAGGCGAUAACGUGACGAGAAAUGUAGGUAGACGAGAAAAGGGAGCGAAGAAAUGGAGGAGGGAAGUUGCAGGGAAAAGACGUCGACGGCAAUGAGAAAAGGGCAAAGAAACUUCGUCCGCGCCGCUCGAACAGAAUUGAAACUUGUUCGAUGAAUUUUCGGAAUGCGAUGUGAUUAAUUAUAUUCGAUAGCGACUGAUUAUAACAAGCGUGUCUAUACUCGACGUCUACCGUGUCCGAUCCGGGAUCGUCCUGAGACCGAGGGCUCUCGACCGUCGUCCCUUGGACGACUCGUCGAUACGCGCCAAAGCGAAUCUAGAAUCCUUUUUAAAUUUAGUUUAUCGAUCGGCGGGUUGGUUCUGCGAUUGCUUCAAGAUGAAAUCUGAGAGAAGAAAAGACCAAAGCGAUCCGAUUGAAGAGUAAAAUUAUCGUUAUUGUUAAUAAUACUCUUAAUAAUACAGCGAUGGUAACAUGUGCGGUAAUAUUUGAGAAAAUAAGUCAUAUCAAGCCACCUCUUUGUCAUAUCAAAUUCAUAGUCGCGAUAUUUUGGUACUGUCAGCAGCCAGACUCGGAAUAAAUAUGAUCGGGACAAACCACGUACCAUUAAUUCAAAACGGGCGGUUUGCUGUCCGAAGUGAAUCGAUCGGGACUAAAGCGGGACAAGAUAUCGCGAUGAAAAUACUCACUGCCUCUAUAAAUAUUUAAACUACCGUUCACACACAUACACGUACGCAGGCGACGAGCGUCUCAAGACGAUCCGCGAGGAAAAUUUUGGUAUUUAAAGCGCAUUGAGUAUACACACGCCGAUCAAAAUGUAUCAUACGUCCGUGCAUGCAUAGACUGAUUCACCGCGACGUGGGCCGCGCGGAUCGAUACAUCAUCCACAGAUUUAUGCUCAUUCGUCGUCUCGCGAUCUCGUGGGAGUAUCGCGUUUUUCUAGAAAAUUUGAAGUUACUUUAGGAAUGUACCGGUAAAUUUCCACGCUCGUUCCUCGAAACUUCUCCGAAAUGUACACGGAGCGACUGCAUCUCGCCUCACGUUCGUUCGCGAUAUCUGUUUUAUAUGAAAUUUAUAAGCGCACGUAUAGAGCGUGACACAGAAACUUCAUGCGCGUAUUCUGCAAAUUCCAUUUCGAUUCUUCUUCAAUGGUUCAAGGGAUUCCUUCUUCACGAACCGUCGAACGUUUUACCGUUAUGGACGACUGACAAUAGACGAGUAUCUUCGACGCAUACCUUUUCGAUAAUAACACCGCGUAUUCCCACGAGAUGUUCUGGCCCGCGGCGUGCCGUCUCUGAGCAUGAUCGGUUGUAUAAUUUAGCGGACGAGCGUACGGCUUUCCGGCGGGCGCUCGCGCGCCCCCGCGAAUUUGCUUUCUUCGCAAGUACUAGAGAAAUACACUGUUUUUUAUAAUAUUAUAAUAUAUAAAUAAAUAUAUAUAUAAAUAUAUAUACAAACGAACAGAAAUAUAUAUAUAUGUAUAUGUGUACGCGCGCAAAUACGUUGCACAUGGGUGUUGAAUAUUGAACAAGUUUCAGCUCGCACGAACGGGGGGCGCAUAUAAAGCGAAUAGGGCGUACGGUUCUUUCGUUGAGAAAUUUUUAGGGAAAAAGUCCUGGGAGAGACGUGCACACGGAUGAUGCGAAGAGCUGAUGCAGAAGAAAGAGAGGAAAAGGAAAGGAAAGAGAGGAGAAAGAGUUACACCGUGAGACACGAGGACAGCGGCAGGAGACGAACGAUUCGUUAGAAUAUCUACGAUUCAUGUGAUUGUAAAUAUAUAGCAUAUAAAUAACGUAACGUUAAUUAACGAUAUGCCGUACGUGUUACACUACAGAAACAAGAAAAAAAUAAACUAAAUAACGUUACUGUGUAAUUUUUCGGAUCGUAAAACACGCAUUGGAAUGGGUCUGGCCGCCCGUGCUAACCGGCUCGGGAAUCAUGCAAUCGGUAUCAGAAGACGGGGCGGAAGUGGAGGAUCUCUCACCGACGGGAAACGCCGCGUACACGUAUACGAUACUCUCUUAAGAACGAAAUUCGCCCCAAGGUCCUCAUCCCGACGAGCACUCGCCACCCGGACAUCCGGUGGUUGACGUGCGGAAAGCGGAAGCGCGAUUUUCGUGCGUCGUCCGGACACAUCCGGCGGAAGGUGUGAUCCCUGACGCGAUCGGAUCGUCGUGAGGGCUCAUCGGGAAAUUCGCGAAACGAUCAGAUGUGGAGAAAGAGAAAGAGAGAGAGCGCAGAGCACCGAUGUGCACGCUUUUCCAAGGCGCGUCGGUGCGUUCGAGUAUGGACGAAGCAGAGCGCGCGCGUUUUUUUUUUCUUUGCCGUGAGCGCGCUCGUGGAUAGCACGGGCCGGCCACACGCGAUUAGAUGUAAACUAAUUAACGCCCUAGCGUAAGAGAAGUAACGGACAUAAAAAUGCAGAUAUAUUGUCGGACGUAAUAGCCGGGUGGGUCGAAUGUGCGCGAACGACUGCGUGCUGCGCGACUCGAAUGCGAACGUACGUGAGCUUGGAGCUUAAGCUGUUUCGUGUGUCCUGUUUUGCGCGAGAGCGACGAAAAGACUGAAAGAAAACGACGUGAGUGAGAGAGAGAGAGAGAGAGAGAGAGAGAGAAAGAGAAAGAGAAAGAGAGGGAAAACGAGCAAGUGAGAAAGAAAGAGAGAUAGGGAGAGAGAAUGAGACAAAAUAAGCACCCACACAUCUACACAUAUAUACGUAUACGUACACGCCAGACAGGCAUGCACUCAUACACACGCACACAUACGUACACCGGAAGAAGUUCGUUGGACUGACGUGUAUCAAGGCGUUGGUCGAAUGACACAUUUUAAGAUAAAAAAGGUCGAUCGGGGACGUAGUAUCUUCUUAUAUCGUUUCCGUCGUUUCUUCUUCCCGCGCCUCGCGAGGCCGCUCCUACUGCCAAUGAUACGGAUGAAAAGGGCUAAAAACAGCCCUCGUGUGAGGCCGUCGCCUCCACCACCAUUGCCGCGAUUAAAUACCAUCUCGUCCCCUCUCUUCACGCUCUCUCCCCUUUACGAGGGCCUCCCCCUCGCGGGGUGGAAGAAGGAACGCAAUUCUUCGCGCUCGUCCCCGUCGCCUUUUUGCUUCACCGCGGAAAAUGAUGAGAUAACUCAAAGGAGGAAGAUACUUAAGACGGAACGGCGAAGCCGCAGUCAAGAAACAUCGUCUUAAAAUCGAAUUCUAACGUCUUAGAGACAACAGCAUUGUGAAUUUUUGUACGAAAAAUCUCUAUUGUAGUUCUUAAGUGUCGCCGUACACUUCCUUUGCGUUCGACGUUGCGGGCUUACCAACUAACGUUUACUUGCGUUUCGCAAUUUCCGUUUUACCUGUACCCCUUUGCAAGAGCGCAGUCGGGCGACGAAGACCCGCUCACGUCGAGGCCAUCCUCUUGCAAGCUCCUCGAUCGCUGCGUCGAAAAAAAAAAGAAAAACUCCCGGGCCGUCGCUGUAAUCCGUCGUACAGAUCAUUUCUCGCGUGCCACGUUCGCGGACACGUGGACCAGCGAUUAGAAACGAUUACAGUCGCGAAGCGGCAGCUUUGAUCCCAGCCCAACUUGCUUGUCAGCCCAAGUCCAAUCCGACGCGAAAGGCGCGCGCGCGCCGAUUCCCGAGAGUCACGGUACGAAUUUCGGGGUGGAAGUUGUUUCGGGGGUGAUGCUUGUGACCGUCCUGACAGUACGUCGAUGUGCUCUUACGCGUAGAUAAGACAAGUUAGAUGUUUCUUCCAGAUAGUAGGCUAUAUGCGAGAGGUCGCGUGCGGACGACCACGACGACCGUGGUCUCUCGUGUCGCGACUGAUGAAGAAGGAAGACGAAGAAGCUGAUAACGGAAAUGGAUCUCUAUCAGGGUCCGCUGCGAGGAUUUCGAUUACAGUCCGUGUUACCGCGUGAUUCUACUGAACAAAGACUCUUUGUGACAAUUCGCCGGAAAUCGAUGACGUUCUCGGUUCUCGAGAGCGCGAGAGAGCAAGAAGUGGGUCACCGGAAAACGAUUUCGAAACGAGCGGUGGAGAACGAUAUGUUAUCGAACUUUUUAAACGAGCACUGAAGAUUGUAAAUGGUACUAUAGUCCUAAGGAAGAUGUAUGUGAUUGUUGAUGCGACUCUGAUCCUCCAUCGCUUUCGUCGCGAGCGACUUGUCUUCAAGUAUGAUGUAACGAGUCUGAUCAUGAUGACGUGCGAAUUUUUGAAUUUGAAUUUGCUAAAACGAAUAUCCAGUCGUUUUUUCAUCCUCGGUACCCUCGGCCGAGUUGUGGAGGAUCGGAUGAGCGAAUGAAGAGGGUAUUUGUCGUCGAUCGGCACCUUCGGGACGGCGGAUACUUCAUUGACGCGUCACCGAUGACAUUCGCGAUGAAUGCAAGGUGCAACCAUUUGCGGAUUAUUGCACGCGAGCAUUGAAGCUCCCGAACGUACGACUCGAGAGACUCGACGAGCAUUACGACUUACGUUAUUGACAGAGCGGAUCGUUAUACGUUCGAUCUUUUAUAGCAGAGUUACACGCGAGAUUUAUUUCUGUUACAUUGCCGGGCGUACGCGUGAGAUCAACAUCGUAAAUCAGGAGCUUCGAUUCCAUUGUGCGAGCUAUUCAGUUCGACAACGUCCUAUUAACGUUGAAGAGAGGUCCCACGUUAACGGGCGUUUCGUUGACGGCACGCAACAGAUCACACUUUGUAGUAAGGGGUCUAAUUAAUCGUUAACGCGACACGUCUGCCGAUUCGAACGUUCGACGAAGGUGAAUUUUAACGAGGCUGUCCGCGGAAAGGUAGAUUAAACUGAGAAAUCGAGACAAGAGGCGGGAGGCUGAAUUUGUCGAGCGCGCGGAUAAGCGGACAUCGAUUUAAAGUAGGCGUAAGUUAAAGAAAAAAAAAAUUAAAAACAGCAAGACACUCUGAAGAUAUAUUCCUCGAAGCGAGCCUCGUCUCAUGGAUUCGCAUCUGUACACCUUAAGCGCUUUAGGGUUUAAAAAAAGAAAGGACUUUAACUCGAAUCUACGAGAUGAUGCCGAGGAAAGCGAAGAAUGCUAGAACGAAUGAGACGAACCGAGCGAAAGUUUCAGAUGCAGUGUACGAGUGAGUGAGUGAGUGAGAGAGAGAGAGAGAAUGAGUAAAAGGGAGAGAACGAGAAAGAAACAUGAGAGAAAGAAGAAAGCGAGCGAUUGAAAGCGAGAUAAUAAAUCAAUGUUAUACUCAUCAUUAAAAAAAACCCGGACUCGCAAUUUCGAGACACAAAUCUUCGUUGAGUCGCCGUUUCUACGCAUAAGUUCAGUCUCAGUUUUCGGUAACUGGACGCGACGCGCACCCUCGGCGAUCGGUCGCAGCUGUGCGAUGUCGUUCUCGAAUUUUAGAGAGACAGACAUGGGAAAAAGAUUUAUUACUCGUUUCUCUCUCGAUGUUUUACAAGAGCGACGCGCGUAAAUGCGAUCGACGUUCGCGAACAAACCGCGUCCACGUCCCGGAAGUGCAUCUUUACAUACGAGUUUCAGCGUUUCCGUUUUUAAUUAUCGUGGUAAAGCGAGACGAAGAACGGUCCCGCUCUAUGUGUGUAAGAACCAUAAAGCUUAAUAAAAGGAAAAAAAAAACAUUAUACUAUGAACUUACGGGAUACCUAAUAAAAGUAAGCCAAACCGUUAA